AUUUCCUUCAGAGGAACCAGUGUCCGUGGGACUUGGUAGACGCCAUACGUGACUCCGCCCGCUCACCUGGCCGCCGUGCCUGGAGGAGAUGGAGGCAUCGGCCUUGCUCUCCCUCAUCAGCUGCCUCGUGGUCCCCAGUGGCGCUGGGGUCUUGGGACGCUGUGUGGUGGCCCAGAAGCUCCACGAGGGAGGCCUGAGUGACUUUGAGGGCUACAGCCUUGAAAACUGGGUGUGCCUGGCUUACUUUGAGAGCAAGUUCAACCCCGUGGCUGUCUACGAGAACUUGCGGGAGUCCUACACGGGCUUCGGCCUCUUUCAGAUUCGCAACCCUGACUGGUGCGACAAGGGGAAGAACCUGUGCCAUGUGUCCUGCUCCGCUUUACUGAAUCCAAAUUUAAACAAGACAAUUGAAUGUGCCAAGACAAUUGUAAAAGGCAAAGAAGGAAUGGGAGCAUGGCCCUCCUGGACCCUGAACUGCCAGAACUCCGACACUCUGGCGCGGUGGUUGGACGGAUGCAAGCUGUAGCGGCUGGGGCGGUCCUUGCAACCCUCCCAGUUGCGUCUUCUGAAUAAAGAUGCUUUCCUGGGUGCUGCCUCUCCUCAGUCCUGUUGCUUGUCUCACCGCUUGACGGCUCCAGAUGGAGGAGGACAAGAGUUGACUCCAGUCAGGGAUGCAGGAUGCAAAAUAAACCAGCUAGUUUCUCCACGUGGACCAAAGAUCUCCACUUGUAUGCUUACAGUGUGAUCGUUACCAUGACUACCAUCAUUUACCAUUAUUAUGAUUUAUGAUUACUUAGUCUCAGAUGGAGGAUUUGAAGGAAGGAAGAGAUCUGGAAAACAAGAUGUGUCUCUAAAUGUGAAGCAGG